AUGGCCGACGAUAUCCCCAUCGACAUGAUACGUUCAAGGGGUCAUGGCCAGGAUGUUGUCCGAAAUGACUCUGAAUCCGAGAGGACUGUUCACGUCGAAAAUACACCUCCUACCUUACCCAAACCCGACGAUCCAUGUCCAGACGGCGGCUACGGAUGGGUCUGUGUCGGCUGCAACGCCUUUAUAAACGGGCAUACUUGGGGCAUCAACUCCUCUUACGGCGUAUUUCUUGCAUAUUAUCUCAACAACAACUACUUCCCAAAUACCUCCCCACUUGCUUAUAGCUUUAUUGGCGGCUUGUCUAUAUCUCAAGCCGUCCUUAUCGCACCCCUGGCCACACACAUCAUCCACCUAUACGGCACCAAAGUUUGCUUGCAUCUCGGUGUCCUCUUCGAGACCGUCUCUCUCAUUGGCGCCAGCUUCGCGCAUCAGAAAUAUCAGAUCAUCCUAGCCCAAGGUGUCUGCUUCGGCUGGGGUAUGGGCUUUCUCUUUGUCGGUUCAGUGGGCAUCAUUCCUCAAUGGUUCGACAAGAAACGCAGCCUUGCCAAUUCCAUCGCUGCCGCUGGCUCUGGCGCUGGCGGAUUGAUCUACAGCUUGGUCACCCAAGCACUGAUUGACAACUUGGGUCUGGGCUGGACGUUUCGAAUCCUCGGAAUCAUCACCUUUGCAGUCAACUUGACAGCAGUGAAUCUCCUACGCGACCGGAAUAAACAGACUGGCUCCCGUCACAAGGCAAUCGACACAGAGAUCCUUCGUCGACCAGAAUUCCUCUUCGUCCAGGCCUGGUCAUGGUUCUCAAUGUUAGGCUACACCAUCUUGAUUUUUUCUCUUCCUGCCUAUGCCCGCUCCAUAGGGCUUACGGCCAGCCAAGGGUCGAUCCUCAGUGCUGUGUUCAACGUUGGACAAAUGGUAGGUCGACCUCUAAUAGGCCUAAGCUCUGACCGCUGGGGUCGCUUGAAUCUCGCUACCUCAUUGUCCUUCCUCUGUGGCAUUGUCUGCUUUGCGUUCUGGAUUCCUGCUGAAUUGGUGUCGGCGCCAAUGGCCUUGCUGUGCUUCUUUGCAGUGAUUGGCGGCGGCCUAGCUGGUGUCUUCUGGACCACAAUUGCCCCUGUUGCCGCAGAAAUCCUCGGUCUGCAGGACCUUCCGGCUGGUCUUAGUCUGACGUGGGUGUUGAUGGUACCACCAACAACAUGCGCUGAAGCAAUAGCUUUGGAGUUGCGGCGCCAGAACACUGACAGCUGGAUCUAUCUUCCGCCCCAGAUAUUCACCGCCUGCAUGUACAUCGGCGCUGGGUUAUGUAUCUGGAUAGCUAGGGGUUGGAAAGUGGGCGAGCUGGAAUGGAAAGCCGCGCGACAGAGACAAAUGGAAAGGCGUUCAAGGCGGCAGAGGCUUCUCGUUGAGUCGAAAAGCGCAACCGAGCAGGCGGACGCAACAACAGAACGGCAGGGCACGAACGGCGAUGGCGCAAAUGAGCUCGAGGCAGCAGACCUCAGGAAACCGGAGGUAUGGCGUUUGAGUAAUCUCUCAAAGAAUAUGCUUGCCUGGACAGUUGUGUAG